AUGAGUCUCUGGGUUGACAAACAUCGCCCAAAGGAUCUGCUCAAGUUAGACUACCAUAAAGAUCAAGCAAUAAGGUUGAAAAGUCUAGUUCAACAGAGUGAUUUCCCCCAUCUUCUCGUUUAUGGACCUUCGGGAGCCGGUAAGAAAACAAGGAUCAUGUGCUUGUUACGGGAGUUGUAUGGAUCUGGUGCUGAACGUCUACGUCAAGAAACAAUGCACUUUACAACACCAUCCAACAAGAAGAUUGAGAUAAUGACAGUCAGCAGUAAUUAUCACAUUGAGGUUAAUCCCACUGAUGUUGGAAUCUAUGACAGAGUUGUUAUCAUGGAUCUUGUAAAGAACGUUGCUCAAACUCACCAAAUUGAUUCUUCUGGGCAACGUGAAUUUAAAGUAGUUAUAUUGAAUGAAGUAGAUGACUUAACAAAAGACGCCCAGCAUGCCUUACGUCGGACUAUGGAGAAAUAUGUUGCUACCUGUCGAUUAAUUCUAUUAGCCAAUUCUAUUUCACGGGUGAUACCAGCCAUACGAUCGCGUUGUUUAACUAUCCGAGUACCAGCACCAACAGAAGAUGAAAUAUGUAGUGUGCUACAUACAGUUUGUAAGAAAGAAGGAUUGAGUUUACCACCAGAACUUGCAACGCGUAUAGCGAAAAUUUCGGAUCGCAAUUUAAGACGAGCAUUAUUGAUGUGUGAAGCUUGCAAAGUUCAACAAUAUCCAUUCAAACCUGAUCAAAAAGUACCUGAACCAGACUGGCAGUUGUUUAUUAAAGAGACUGCAUCAAUGAUUCUAUCAGAACAAUCUCCGAAGAAGCUAAGUGAAGUGCGACAGAAGCUAUAUGAAUUAAUUAUACAUGGUGUUCCUCCUGAUAUGAUAUUCGCUGGUUUAUUGAAAGAGCUGGUUAGAAAUUGUGAUAUGGCUAUGAAAUGUCAAGUCGCUAGCCAUGCUGCUAUGUUUGAACACAGAAUGAGACUAGGGAACAAAGCAAUAUUCCAUCUUGAAGCAUUUGUUGCAAAAUUUAUGGCUAUUUAUAAGAAGUUUGUCGAAGAAUCACUAGGUGAUGCUUUCUGA